AUGUCAGAGAAGCAGGAAGUCAAGCAGCCGACCUCACUGGGGUCGGAAUCAAAUGGCAAGCAAGACGCGAGUGAUAUCACGAAGAUCAAACCAACCGAAGAGGAGCUCGGGAAGACGAAAAAUCGGAUCCUCCAAGAGCAAGCUGGACUUCGCCAACAGGAUGCCCCCAUAAUCCCGAUCCUCUCAUUCUUCAAAAAGAAAAGCGACUACGACCCGAACGUCAUAGCGACACAACCAUCCGUAUACGACAACCCAUCAACUGCAAAGUUCUUCCAACCACAUCCACGUUAUGAGAACUUACAUCGCUUCGACCCAACUUUUCGUUGGACUUGGGGCGAAGAGCUUCCUUUGAUAUCUAAGAUGGACUUCCGGAUAACUCUCUGGGCUUGCAUUGCAUUCUUCGCUCUUGACCUCCCUCGAGGCAAUCUUAGCCAAGCUAAUUCGGCCUUGUUUCUCCAGAGUUUGGGCAUGGAUACGAACGAUUACAAUUUGGGAAACACCGUCUUCCAAAUAUCGUUCUUGUGUGCCGAGCUGCCUUCGCAAAUGAUUAGCAAAAAGCUCGGCCCCGACCGCUGGAUCCCGUUCAUCAUGUGCUCUUGGAGCAUUGUGUCUGGGUGUCAGUUUUGGUUGAGCGGGAGGACAUCGUUCUUAAUCUGCCGUGCUCUCCUUGGUAUACUUCAGGGAGGUUUCAUCCCGGACAUCGUACUUUAUCUUACCUACUUCUUCAAGUCAACUGAGCUACCUUUCCGACUAGCCAUGUUCUGGACCGUCCGCCGGAUUACUGAUAUCGUCGCGCCGCUUCUAGCUCUUGGUGUCCUUCGAAUGGAUGGAAUCAGCGGCUACGAAGGCUGGAGAUGGCUGUUUCUGGUUGAGGGAAUUAUCACGCUAUCUAUCAGCAUAUGGUCCUGGUUCGCAAUGGCUGCCUCACCAACGCAGACCAAGGCAUGGUGGCGGCCUCAGGGAUGGUUCAACGAACAAGAAGAAAAGAUUCUUGUCAAUCGCAUUCUCCGUGACGACCCUUCCAAAUCCGACAUGCAUAAUCGGCAGGCGAUCACACCGAAACUUCUGCUCAAGUCUCUGGCCGACUAUGAGUUGUGGCCAAUCUACAUCUUUGGUCUGCUUUGGGAAAUUCCAGCUGGACCACCUGACCAGUACCUUACACUAACGUUGAGAGAGCUGGGGUUCAACACAAAUGACACCAAUUUACUGAGCAUUCCUCCUCAGUUCCUUGGUGCAAUUUUCAUGUUGAUCAUGACCUAUCUUUCCGAGAUUUGGGAUACGAGAGCGCUUUUUGGAGUCUUUACACAGGUGUGGUAUCUGCCAAAUCUGGUUGCCAUGGCCGUUUUGCCAUCAAAUUCCAGUCCGUGGGCGCAAUAUGCGGUUGUCACAGUCCUUUUAUCUUACCCUUCACCACAUGCGAUGCAUGUUUCGUGGGCUUCUCGAAACUCCCAUUCGGUUCGCACUAGAGCAGUGUCGGCAGCUUUGUACAACAUGAUGGUCCAACUUGCUCGUGUUAUAUACUCGAACAUCUAUCGGGAAGAUGACCGGCCUGACUACCGUCGUGGCAACAGGGUUCUCAUCGGUAUCUGCUGCAUGAAUAUUUGCGUUUAUCUUAUUGCAAAGCUAUUCUAUAUGCGGUGCAACAAGAAAAGAGAGAAGGAAUGGAAUGCCAUGACGGAAGAGGCCAGGGUUCACUAUAUGGAAACCACGAAAGACGAAGGAAGCAACCGUAAAGAUAUCCGUUUCAAGCACUAG